AUGGUUGUUGUUGCCUAUUUUGGAAGGGAUGAGCUAAGAGGUCUUUUCACCGUUUUUUUGUUUCAUACCAAACCCCUUGAUCUGCUGUUGGAUGGAGAGACGAUCUAUCCACAUCAUGCCGUCGAUCGACGAUUAUCAAAAUCUAACCCCAACUCAGUUGAUGAUUUUCUGGAAUGCCUCCCAAAGCAUUUUCACAAGCCUUCUAAACCAAUCUCCGAUGCCAUAUACACUCCCUCAAACACUUCCUUUCAGUUUGUUUACGAGCUCCAUACAAGUAAUCUUCGAGCUCUAAGUCAGGCCAAUGCGACCAGAAAACCCGUGGCGAUCAUAGCUGCUCUGCAUGAAUCUCAUGUUCAAGAAACUGUUGUUUGUGCCCAGAAAUCGGGAUUACAGGUGAGGAUUCGAAGCGGGGGACAUGAUUACGAAGGCCUCUCCUUCGUCUCAUUCUCAUCGGUCCCAUUUGUCAUCAUUGAUCUUUCUAAUAUUCGGUCUAUAAACAUCGACAUGAAAACCGAGACCGCAUGGGUUCAGGCCGGAGCGACCACCGGCGAACUAUACUAUCGAAUUGCUGAGAAGAGUAAGGUACAUGGUUUCCCAGCUGGCGUGUGCACUACUCUAGGCAUUGGUGGUCAUUUCACCGGAGGUGGCUACGGUAACCUGAUGAGAAAAUUCGGGUUGUCCAUAGAUAAUGUGGUUGACGCUCAAUUGAUCGACGUUAAGGCUAGAAUCCAUAACCGAAAAUCCAUGGGAGAGGAUGUAUUUUGGGCCAUCAGAGGCGGCGGCGGAACUAGCUUCGGUGUCAUUCUCUCAUGGAAGAUCAAGCUGGUUCCAGUCCCUGCUAAAGUCACUGUUUUCCAAGUCCAAAGGACAUUGGAAGAAGGCGCGACCGAUCUUGCUCAUAAAUGGCUUCAAGUUGCCUAUAAACUCGAUAAAGAUCUUUUCACCCGAAUCACCUCAGUAGCCAUUCCUGCAACAGGCAACACCAACAGCACAGUGCGAGUAAUUUUCAUCGUCCAUUUUCUUGGGAAAACCGACCGGCUUCUUAAAUUGCUGCACGCGAGCUUACCGGAAUUAGGUUUACAACGGAAGGAUUGCCUUGAAAUGAGUUGGAUUGAAUCUACACUUUUCUGGUUUGGCUUCCCCAAUGGAACAUCCAUCGACGUUUUGCUGAAUAGAGUGCCAACCGGCAAAGUGUUCUCCAAAAGCAAGUCUGAUUACAUCAAAAACGUGUUCCCCAAGGAAGGUUUAACGACCCUGUGGAGGAUGAUGAUGGAAAUAGGGAGCUCGUGGAUGCAAAUGAACCCUUACGGUGGUCGAAUGGCUGAGAUUUCGGAAUCCGAAACUGCAUUCGCGCACAGAGCUGGAACCCUUUACAAGUUCCAGUACACCGCGUUCUGGUCGGAAGGGAGCAGUGAAGCCACCGAAAAGUACCUAGGGUUGAUGACAAAAUUAUACGCCGAGAUGGCUCCAUACGUGUCGAGUAAGCCAAGGGAGGCGUUUCUUAAUUAUAGAGACCUUGACAUUGGCAGCAAUGGUACGGAUUUUGAAGUGGCCAAAGUUUAUGGGGCCAAGUAUUUCAAGCGAAAUUUUCAGAGAUUGGCAGAGGUGAAGGCCAAGGUAGACCCUCAUAAUUUCUUCAACAACGAACAAAGUAUUCCGCCAUUUCCCUCAUCUAAAUCAAAAUGA